GCAUCGUUGAAAAAGAUGCAAACAUAGAUACCAUUCUUCCGCGAAGAUAGUUCUUAGUUUGCUGAUAGUUGAAUAUAUCACAAUAGAUAAUUAUUUGCUUUGAAUUUGCACUGAUGUUAAAUCAUUCUAAUAGAGUUGCAUCUAGGUUGGGGCAACCAUCAAAAUGGCUGGACGUACAAACGAACCAGAAACUGGCACAAAAAACGCAUUCCCAAUUGAUGACCCUUUGCGAUUUGAAAAAUGAUGACUACCAUAAGCUCGUAUUGGCCGAAAUUCCAGAGGAUAAAACGAAAACCAAAUCUAAAUUGAAAGUUUUUAAAGGAAUUGGAAUGGUCAGUGAACACAGUUUGCCGGGAAUACCAACCUCAUUAGUCAGUUUCUACACUGAAGAAGCCACUCCGAAAACCCCGAUUAUAGCAGCAUCAAUAGGACCUGACGUACUUUUUUAUCGAAAUAUGAAACCUUACUUCAAAUACACUCUACCCAGUUUACCAAUCAAUCCACUGGAAAUAGAUAUUUGGAGAAAACUUCCUAUUCAAGUACCGGAAAAUCAAGGGGCCUUAAUUACAGAGUUGGGAACGAUCCCCUUUGAAGAGCUUACUCCACAGUCGCAGAAACUCCUUGGUAUAUCGGAAUCAGAACGGGAUGAUUUCAUCAAGCAGCAUGCAGAGGCGAAACUUGAGCGUUUGGCGAAUAUUACCGCAAUGACAAUCAUUAACCGUACCUCGUCCGAUUCAAAGCCUCCAUCAUGUCUCAUUUUAGCUACAGAGAAUGGAGACAUUUUUAUGGUUGAUGCCCAACUAUUUAGAGUCAUCUACCACGCCAAACUCUACUCACACGAAGUUACUCCAAUCCUAAUGUCAGUCAGCGGACUCUUUGAUACAGAUUUCAACAUCGUCGCGUCAACAUCUGAAGGAUAUGUUUACCUGCUAAGGAAGGCUUGGUUAGAAGGUCAUGAAAUCCUCCAAACUGAGUAUCCAAUUAUCAGUUUGACGCUAUUACCAGUGGAUCAGACUAUCAUUGUUGCAACGGAAGAGCAAGAACUGAGUUGCUACUCUAAAAAAGGGAAAAAACUUUGGACGAUCGAACUGGAAACCAAUGCUAAGUGUACAGUGCCGAUUUACUUACCGCACUUGGGUAUAACUCUGGUUGCGGUAGCUUUGGGUAACCAAAAGGUCCAGUUUUAUUCACAGACCAUGCUUGUGGAUGAGAUGAAAGUGAAAGAUAAUGUAUCGGCUAUGAUCUUCGGACGCUUAGGACAAGAAGACCAUGUUUUAUCUCUGGUGACAGUGAAAGGCGAUUUGCUCGUUAAAAUACUGAAGCGGACAGCUGAAUUCAAUCAAGAAAUUAAACCGAAAACUCCGGAUAAUCAACGAAUGCCAAGGAAACAAAAAAAAGCACCAAAAUUUAAUGUCUUGGCAAUAAAAAAUAAGGAAAAAGCUAUAGCUGUCUUCAAUAGUAAUCAAGCUGAACUCUUGAAUUUCCGUUUAACCGUUGCCCGGGCAGCUGUAGAAACACUGAGAAGCGCAGAAAGUACAAUUGCUGGUGGUCUAAAUAGUGCAGAACUGAAAUUAUCUGCCGAAGUCUGUGGGGUGGGGCCGGAAUUUCGUCUUUUCCUCACUUUGGAAAAUCUAUCGACAGAACAUGAAGCCCCUAAUUUGCGUGUUCUUUUGCAUGCUGAUACGGACCACUACGAGCUACCAAAACCAACUGCUGUACUACCAAUUUUGGAGGCCGGCAUGAAAAUGGAGAUCGAUUUUGAGGUAAUUGCAGUACUUGAUCCUGAAACGCAUCUACCACCACCGACUUUGACUGAGGAAAACUCUAUGGUGCGUGUUAUACUCUUCAAAACAGGUCAGUCGAAACCGGUGUUAGCUGCUGUUGUAGUUAUGCCUGCCUCGGAGGCGCCAUUGGAAGUGUGAGCUUUCAGAAAAUGCAGUGAUAUCAACACCAUCUUGUAGACACUACUCGUACUCAGAAGCGUCACUUUCCAUGGAAUCGUAACUUUUAUGGAAAACAAUUUCGAGUUUUUCUGAUAAUGUUCAAAAUGUCGCUGUAAAUAAAAAUGAUUUACGUGCAUU